CACAGCGACGACACCGGAUUUAACAUCUGCACUUGGACCCGUCCACUCGCCGCGACUAUUCCAUUCUUCUUCAGUGAAUGUUUGUAGUAGUCCCUAGCAGUCUUUAACCCAGGCUUGAAGUGUUAAAAGCAAUAAUUGUUCUUUCAUAUUGACGAGUUACUUAAUAGUGACACAGUCAACUUAGCCGUAGGAAAACAUUACACACACAGUUCGUAAAGCGCGGUGGAUAAUUAGGCUUUAAUCAAUUCAUUAACUUUCCUGUGGAUGGUGUGUGUAUGUGUUCAUUGUCGUGAGGCUGGUUGGUAAGGAGGUCAAUACCUACUUCAGUCUACGAGAGGCAGCCCUCGAUGUACAAGCGAGCGUGUUGACUUGAGACACGAUUUGUCGCCCAGCCUCAAAACUAGCUGGUCAUGUUGAUAGUGGCACGCACAAGUGAGAGUGUGUAACGAGCAGGUUCGAAUCUCGAGGGGACUGUGUGAACUUCUCGAGGGGACUUUGUGACCCUCCACGAUGGCCAUCAUCAGUUCGUUUCUCUGCUGGUCUAACACCAGAACAGGAAGUGCUGUUUGUGGAUAUUAUACCUUGGUAAUAUCCGUUGUGUGCCUGGCCUUUUACAUGCUGAGGUACAUAGCCCUGGACGAGAUGAGGGACUCCAUAGAACUAAAAGGCAUCGUCUACGCUGGAUUCGUUCUCUACUCCGUCUUGAUCGGUGUCUCCCUAGUACUGCUACCCGGGGUCUACAUGGACCGGAAGUUUUUGUUGUUGCCAUGGAUAUACGUGCUGGUCAUCACCGUGUUGUACGAGACGGGGGCCAUAGCCCUCAUCACCACCGUCCAUCUGGAGAAGGAACAUGACCUUGACCCCUGGGAGAUAGUGGCUGUAGCCUUCUAUUGUGUGAGACUCCUAGCCAAUUGUUACUGCUUCGCUUGUGUCGUUUCGCAAUAUCAAGAACUGACGGAAGGAAGAGGAACCUACGAGUUUAUUUUUAAACCUUGGAGAAGGCAGAUGGCAAGAAGCGCUCACCUACCUGACUUUGAAGAAUACAACCCACCCUACGGCGCAACCCUCCCACCCUACAGCGAGGACAACCCGUACAAGGAGUUCUCCCCGCCCACAUAUGAAAAUCUAAGAAUAGACCUAGAGUCCGCCAGGACUCCAGUGGUUACUCAACACAACUCCAGGAAUGAUAAUCCAAAUCUUCCGCUAUCGUUAUAUUUAGCAGACGUUGAAGUGAACUCCCCUCCCCCAGGGAUGGAUAAUCUCUCUCUAACAGGAAGUGAUGUAGGAAAUUGUGUUGAUUAUGGAGAUUUCCAAUACCCCAUGGACCAAUUAAACUCGUUCUCGGAUUUUAGCAAUGACACUCUCAGUAGUAGCGUUUCGCCGGAACAUUCUCGCUCCAGCAGUUUAGCCAGCGACUACACCCCACCUCAUGAGGAAUCUAAGAGCCGCCAGCACCACCGGCAUCAUCGACGGUCUCAUGAAGACUCCGGCAUCUCCAUGACCUCUUUGUCUGGACACUUCCCAGAGUACUCGGAAACAAAAAAUUUCCGACACAAACGACGUCCGAUCUCGCCACUAACUGUUCACAAACGAACAUAUAUAACGUGGAUCUAAACUAGUAAAAACUCGUACAUGUGAUUUCAUUACCUGAAGCAAGAAAUAAUAUAGAAUAACUAUUAAAGAUGUAGAUAUGGUAUAUAUAUAACAAAGUGGUGAGAGUUACUGAACUUGGAAAUAAACUUUACAAUUGAACUGCUGAAAAUUCGAGCUAAAUUUAACUCAAGUAGCUGUGACUAAAUUAGUUAUAGCAAGUUUAAGUCAAAUUGGAUGGUGUGGUUGAAUGGCAUAACAUUUUGCUGCUAGCCUGAAGAUCUCAAGUUGGGAUCACUGUUCAGACU